AUGUCGAGCCACAGUGAUAUGAGCUCCGUCAUCACCUUCGCCCGGCAGCCUGCCUCCUCCCGGAAGCAGAGCGUCGAGGUCAAGAUCAAUGACCACUACCACUCCAAGGUCUACACAUCAGGCAACCCCAUCUCCGGAGAGGUGACAAUUACCCCUGGCCACGAUAGCCGGUUCGACUAUAUCCAGAUCAUCCUGAUCGGCACUUCCAGGACUCGCCUAGACGCUGUACAGAUUCCUCAGCUCUCCUCCCACACCUUUCUCAAGCUGGAGAUGCCCAUCCCCGAAUCCGCUUACCCCGUGCCCCGCAUCUUCGAGACUGGCAGGGCCUAUACCUUUCCCUUCAACUUCGUCAUUCCUCACCACCUGACCAUCAGUGCUUGCACCCACAAGGCCCAGUCGGAUUACAUCCAUGAUUACCACAUGCGCCUGCCCCCGACGUUGGGCGGCUGGGAGAGGGACGACAUGGCCCCCGACAUGACCCAGGUCCAGUAUGCCAUCAAGGCUCGCGUUGUUCGACAAGACGAACUCGGCGGCAAGCCCACCAAGCUCAUGGAGGACACCCACUUCAUCAAAGUCCUCCCCCGCUCCCCUGAGGAUCCGCCUCUGAACAUCACCAAGCAAGAUCGGGGAUACGCGCUGAGCAAGACCAAGACAAUUCGCAAGAACAUCUUCUCCUCGAAGCAGGGCUAUAUCACUGCCGUAACCGCUCAGCCCAGCGCCAUUUACCUAGCAGCCGACGGCCGCUCGGCUUCCGAGGGCUCCGUCCUGGUGAACCUCAACUUCGAGCCUGCAUCUGCCGAUAUCCUGCCUCCCAAGGUGACCACCGUCUCUGCCAAACUCCAGGCGCAAACAUGGUACGGGUCGACCCCCAUGACAAAGCUGCCCAACAUGGGCGACAGCCAGGAGGCAUAUGCGCUGGCCCAGCAACUCGCCUACAACACUUCGGUCUCUUUGUUUUCGACCUCGGUGGACAAGGUGGCUUGGCGACAGCAGCUGGCUUCCCCUGCUCGCCGCGACUCGGGCUACUCUAGCGAUGGCCUGCGAGAAGGCAGCCACUCAGACUCGGAUAGCCAGAACCACAGCCAAAGCCGUCGUUCGAGCAAGAAACGGGCGUCGCCCAUCUUGCACCGGGCCGUUCUUCAGAUCCCUUUCAAGCUGCCGACGUCCCGAAAGACCUUUAUCCCAACCUUCCAUGCUUGUCUCGUCUCCCGUACCUACACUUUGCAGUUAACACUCGUGGUGGCCGACUCCAAAAUGAACCUGAGCAUCCCUUUGCAGAUCGCCCUAGAGCCUCCUGUCCAGCAGGAUCUCCUAGACAUGGGUCUUCCCAGCUUCGAUGCUGCCAUGGCGCAGCAGGAAGAGGCGGAGGUGGAUGCGUACUUCCAGCCCCGACUGAUGCAACAGCCGGCACCCGAGUUCCAAGGCAACGCGGUAUUGCCCAGCUACGGCGACUUGACGACUCGGCGGUCAGCAGUUCCGACUGCUUGA